UUAUGUAGACGGUGCGGGUGUCCUGUCAAAAUACAUUAAGCUUCGCCCCUGACGGACACGCAGGGAGACUUUGAUGUGGCUGCGGACAUCAGAGCGUGCGCUCGCUCAUUCUGCCGGUGAGGAGAAGAGCGUCACCGCGCGACUGAGCUGCGCGCGCUCACGUGGAACCUAUAAGCGGACGUGGCGCGCAGAGCUUGUGAGUAGUCUUGAGGAGAGGAGGAGAGGAUAAUCGUGGGAGAAGACAGCAUCUGUACCGCUGUGGCAGGAAUACUCAAAAUGACAUUAUCACAAAGUCUUUUCUCUCUUUUUUGUAACACAUAGCUGUCCAACUUUGUUAUAUGUGAGCAAGAGAGUCCAGCCAUGCAGCUGAAUCAGACUGGAGUUCAAACACUGGCUCCAGAGCCAUGUGAGCAGCAAAUACUACAGGAGGACAACCCUGGAAACUGUAGCGGAGGUCCCACUAGCAACCUGUCGCUGCACUGCUGGCUGCAGCUCCUCACAAAGGAAUCUAUCAUGGAAUUUCAAGGAGACAGCUCCAGUCUAGUGGUGCGUGUGAUGAUAGCAUGUGUCUACUCUAUAGUUUGUGCGCUCGGGCUGGUGGGAAACUCACUGGCUCUGUACCUGCUGCACUCACGUUACAGGCAGAAGCAAUCAUCCAUCAACUGCUUUGUGAUGGGUCUGGCUAUCACAGACCUCCAGUUUGUUCUGACUUUACCUUUCUGGGCAGUGGACACAGCCCUGGACUUCCGCUGGCCAUUUGGCCGUGUGAUGUGCAAAAUCAUCAGUUCCGUUACCACAAUGAACAUGUACGCCAGUGUAUUCUUCCUCACAGCUAUGAGUGUGGCACGCUAUUACUCCAUCUCCUCUGCAUUGAAGAUGCACAGCAGGCGGGCAGCAGCCACCAGGGCAAAGUGGACAAGCCUGGGCAUCUGGGCUGUCUCUCUGCUGGCCACUUUGCCUCAUGCCAUCUACUCCACUAGUGCCCAGGUGUCAGAUGAGGAGCUAUGCCUGGUGCGCUUUCCAGACUCAGGUAGUUUGGAUCCACAGCUUCUUUUGGGUCUAUACCAGCUGCAAAAGGUUCUGCUGGGUUUCCUUAUUCCUCUGAUCAUAAUCACUGUCUGCUAUCUGCUGCUACUGCGCUUGAUCUUCACCAGACGCAUAGCAGGUGCAGCAGGGCCAGAGAUUGAGCAGGGCCGGCAAAAUCGUCGUUCCAAAGUCACCAAAUCCAUUGUCAUCGUCGUUCUGUCCUUCUUUCUGUGCUGGCUUCCCAAUCAGGCGCUGACUCUGUGGGGAGUGCUCAUAAAGUUUGACCUUGUGCCCUUCAGCAAGGCUUUCUACAAUGUGCAGGCCUAUGCCUUCCCCCUGACUGUGUGUUUGGCACACACCAACAGCUGCCUCAACCCUGUGCUCUACUGCCUGGUUCGCAGGGAGUUUCGGGCAGGUCUCAAGGAACUUCUCCUCCACGCCACUCCAUCCUUCAGGAGCCUGACUCACCUGCUGCAUCGCAAGGCCAAAGUGGCUGAGGCGCCUCCUGUUCUGGUGCUGGUCCAAAUGGAUGUCUGACUUGCUUAUAGUGACACAAUAGCUGAUGCAGUGAGUGACUGACACACAAAAGUGAAAGCUGCAUAUAACGCUAUUGAUCUGCUGUGUAUCAUGACAAUGCAUUCAUCUCAAGCCUGAACACAGAGAAUCAAAAAUAUCUUUGGCUUCUGAAAACAAUAUAAUCAUGAUGGACUACCCAGUGGGAUGCCCCUUUCACUUUCAAUGCGUGCUCCACCAUUCGCUCUGCUGUAAAUGUUUUUACUUGUUAUGCAGCGACUGUUGCUGUUCGUCUCUCUGUUUCUCUCUCUGCCUCUGACAGGCAAGUACUGCUCUCUGGUAAACUGUCAUGAAUAUGUAUAGAUGUCAGUCAUAAAUGAGAUUUAAAUAGUUGCAGCUCUCAGACACGCUUGACAUGAACUCAGUUAAAUCUAAUUGUAAACCUCAAUUAACAUUUGCCGCACCAUCGACAUCACUCACAGAGGCUGAAAACUACGCUAUCAACAGUGCGUGAGCAUCUCAGUGAAAAAACUCUCUGACUGUGAACUGCUGAGGGAUUUACUUUGGUACAACAAGUGUAUAUUACAACCCAGAUGAGAGAGAAACAUGAAUAGGAAAUGAGUAAUGGGUAAGUUUUCCAGUGUGCUGGCCAGUCGUUGUGUUUGUGUUUGUUCUAUGGUGCAAUUGUGUACAUUGCUCGAUAUAGUAAAAGCUAAAUAUUUUUUUUUAAAAAGUAACCCUUAACAAAUCAUUUAAAAUGUGGGUAAACAGUGUACAGAAUAUAGAUUUGCUAAAUCUGAAAGACAAUAAAAGAGCAAAGUGAGUGAAAAGCCUAUUGCUGCAUAUUUGUAAAAAAAAAAAAACGAGAGAGAGAAAGAGAAUUCAACUACUGUUCAACGUCUGUGCAAUUUAUUUUUCUAGGAAAAAGAAUUGCGUAAUAGUUGAUUGGUCAAAAGGUUCAUGACUCAAAUUGUGACAAAACAAAAGGCUACAAAAUCAGUAGAAGGUACAAGAACUUAAACCAAUAUCCUAUCCCUUUUUUAAGGUAAGACGAUGACCCACUCAGACACAGACACACACUGGGCGCACAUCAUGUACGUGGUGUGUCUGAAUGAACAACAUAAUUAAUCAUUUAGAACUUGCAUUAAAUUUGCAGAUUUGUGUGUCUUUGCAGCAUAUUGAAACCAGGCCAUUCAUUCAUAAGAAUUAAGCAUCUCUCAACAGGACAGUCCACUGAUGCCAGCACCAGCUGUUCCUUCUCUGUUAUAUUACACAGGUUACAUGUGCAAAAGCACAUAACCAAGUGAAACUGAUGUGAUACUGUGAUCUGCUGUGAAUAUACUGCCUCUCUGUAUUCUAACAUGACUGUGGCCAUAAUCAUGAUAUUUUAUGGAGGACAUUUGUUGAUUUGGUAUUAUAUUGUGUGAACUUAUGAUGUGUAAAAAUGGAGUAAAAAUUCAAUUAAAAACCCUUAC